AUGUCCGGGCGAAUUGGAAGGCGGCUUAUGUCACCUGUGAUGUUUCUGCCGCCGAGAACCUUCCGCCCGCGCUUUUUUACCCAACUCCCUUUGGCAGAUCAUUCAACGCUAUAACGACGGACAUCGCUAAUUUCUGUGUCUGGCCCAAAUAUCUAUUGCAUCUACCGUCAAAAUGGGUUGGUUCUGGGCAGAUCCGCAGCCAAAGCCGACUCCUGCGGCUCCAAAUCCUUUGGCCGCCUCGGACGCAUCACCUCCGCCUGGUUGUCCUAUGCACGUGUCCAACGCUCCUCCAGCAUCAUCCGCUUCCAAGGCUCAAUGCCCGGUGACGACUUCUCAGAGUGCUUGCCCUGUCAAGUCUCCCAAUUCUCCGUUCUACGUUCCUCCAUCGCGCUCGUCUUCCGAACCUGCGGCCGCUUCCUCAGAGUCUCAACCACAACAGAAAUCGUCAACUCUCUCCAAGCUCAAUCCUUUGAACUACAUGUUCUCGAGCAUCUCCCAAGAACGAGCACCAAACCAGACUGUUGACCUCCCUGUUGAAAGAGAGGUGUCUUCCAUUCCCCGAGGCGACGACGGCCUCUGGGAGUAUCCUUCUCCCCAACAAAUGUAUAAUGCUAUGCUGCGGAAAGGAUACACCGACACUCCUCAGGAUGCUGUCGAGUCUAUGGUCGCGGUGCACAACUUCUUGAACGAGGGCGCCUGGUCUGAGAUUGUCGAAUGGGAGCGGAUAUUUUCAAAAGGUCUGAAGCACGGGUGGGAAAAAUGUCGGCGUGGAUCUGCGAAUCUGGAGAUGGACUCUAUUCGCGAACAAUUGCAACAGAAGGCUUCUGAUGAUGAGGACACUACACCACGGUUGAUUAGGUUCCAGGGGCGACCCCAAGAGUUGACUCCUAAGGCUAGAAUCCUGCAGGCUCUGGGAUGGGUUUAUCCGGAAAAGUUCGGUACUGAACCCCCCUUUGACCGACAUGAUUGGUAUGUCCAACGCCAGACACCAUGGGGACCAAAACAAGUCCGCUAUGUCAUUGACUACUACUCCGGUCCGCCUGAGCCGACCGGUGAGCCCGUCUUCUAUCUCGACAUCAGACCUGCCAUUGAUACUCCCACUGCCGCCAUUGAACGUCUGAUGAAAUGGGGCGGAGACGUCUGGUGGAGAGCCAGCGGCGGCGUUGCCCGAGAACAGCAGAACUAAAGGGUGUUACGGCUCAUACGCCUGUUGAGCGCAUUCGCGCAGUCUUCUUCCUUUAUGCGCGAUGAGAAAGCCAUACUAUUGUAAUCGACAAGAGGACUGAGCUUCCUUUACAAUGGCUCCGUCAU